UCAGUCGCGUGUGAGGCAGCUUUGUGUCCUCGCAAGUCGCGAAUAGAUUUUGGCAGUUUUGCUGAAUCCUGCCAGUCUACUAAGUUUGUACUUGUUCCCGGCCAGUAAAAUAUAAGCCAUCAACAAUACGGGAAUGGCUUGAGCGUUAGCAGAUACAUACGCUUUUAGGAAACAUUAAUAACCUUUUACUCUGUGUGUCGAAAUAGCCCAUAAUCUACUGUUUCGUUUCGUGUGCGUGUGCUGAAAGGCAAGUAACAAGGAUACCACUUUGCUGAGCAGAGUGAGAACAUAAGAAAGUCGAAGUGAAGAAAACAGAAGCUACUGUCAACAGCUGACAGUAGUACAAAAGUCGAAAACGACAAAUCAAGAAAGAGCAAGAUAAAAAACGCAACCACGCAGCCGAGGCGAAAACAAGAGAGCAGAAUCAAAACAAACACCGCCGAACAACGAUUACUACUACAUAACGAACGCAUUCGUAUCCCCGUUAGGCUGCCGAGAGUACACGAUCACUCAUACAUUCAUUCAUUGAGAAAACCAUUCAUAGCGGUACAGCAAAGGUGUGUGUAGAAAUUAGAAGAGGACCAGUGCUGCUGAAGUUAGUUCAUUACAGGCAUCAACUGCAGCCACAAAGGGCAGGAUCCUAGGCAACAGACGCUUUGGUAUACCUGUACGGAAAUUAGGUGCGCUGGAAACUGGUAAGACGACGCUAUCGUUGCUACACAUAACAAAAACAGUCACGUGAAAACUGCUGAAGAGAGAACAACGACAGGAGAAAGGAGAAACAAGCAUCUUUAACCCACACACAAAAAAACAGCAGAAUGAGCACCCGGGACAGCACCAGCCUGCUCAAAUUUAAAGGCCAAAAAUGGAAAGUGUUCGCCGAGCUGACGAACAAGUGGGCCGGUUUAGACUCCGAUGAUGAGGACAUUCCGAUCAGCGAGCUAACCGGAGAUCAUCGUAGGUCGUCCAAAAGUCACGGUAGUCACCACAAGAGCUCUAGUAAAAAUGUGCCGCCAAGUUCGUCGUCGUCCUCCACAGCGAUAGCGGUACCAACAGCUGCCAGCAAUGCCGCCAACCGCAGCAGUGCUACCAACCGCCAGAAAGGCAGCGUGAUGCGGCUAGAUAAAGCUGACAUGGGCCUGUAUGGGCUGUGCCCAGAAACCGACCCUUUCUAUGCUGUUAUCUGUGAUAUUUGCAACAGCGUGGUCAAACCACAGGGUCUUCAGAAGCACAUGAGUAAUCGACACCAUUCCUAUUAUAGUCAUGCCAGCAAGAGCCUGUCUAGCAGCCGAGAUCAACAUUCGGGAGAGACGUCGUCUCGCAGUGCGGCAAAUUCUAGUGAAUCCAGCAGAUCAGAGAAGGCUACUAGCAGUAGUAGCAACGCUUACAAACAUGAAGAUCUUGACAAUACACCUUUGAAGGCCCGUAGCAGUUCGAGCUCUAAAGUUCGUGGCAAGAACGGCAAAGGUGUGUCAACGUCGUACAGUUCCUCGCACCACAAUGGAAAAUCCUCCAGUUCCAGUGGUAGCUCCUCUAGUUGUUCCAAAUCGUCUUCACAUGAGACAAACCCACCGACUGAAAGUAGCGGCACGGUUCCUAGCUCUAGGGAUCACCAAAAGCACGAAAUCUCUUCCGCCACAUUAGCCACAACGAGUAGUCUUUCGGAAAAGAAGGCUGCCUUCUCGUCUACCUCGUCCGGCAUAAGCAGCGAUAGUAUUCCGUCUCUCAAUGCGUCACCUUUAGGGAAGACCGGGAAGCGGAGUAGUUCAAAAAUAUCCGCCUCCUCAUCCUCAUCAUCCUCAUCGUCAUCAUCGUCGUCCUCUUCAUCCUCAUCGACUAGCGGCAAUGGGAGUAGCAGCAGUAGCAGUAGUAGUAGCAGCAGCAGUAGCAGUGCUUCUCUGUCCAUCAGCAGCGGCAAAUCGCAGUCUUCCAACGAUAGAAAAAGUGAUCGGAAGGAUUACGACCCGGAUAAGCAUUGCGGUGUGACUUCGGCGGACGGGAAGCGGCAGUGUACUCGUUUGCUGAACUGCAAAUCUCAUUCCCUGUCAUCGAGGCGAGCAGUUCAAGGGCGUAGCAAGACGUUCGAUAAGUUGCUAUCGGAACACAAAUCCGGUUCAGGAGCGUCGUCUUCGGCCAAGGAUGAGAACUACAUUGAAGUGGAAUCAUCUAGCAACUCGUCGUCUGGCUUUGAAGUGGAGCGUGGUCGCGUUGCAUCAACCGGCGAAGGUCUGAACGCGAGUCCGUCGGAGGGCGCUCACCAGAAUCACCCUUCGGAGAAGUCCAGUCCUCGUAAUGAAAGCGCAUCGACGGCGUCAAGCGGCGCGAAGUCUAUUAACAAUUCCGGUACCGCAACGACUCCCGCUGGGAAAAUAUCAGAAUCCAAGAGCGAACGAUCGAAACACAAGCAGAGAUCGUCGAGUUCGAGUCAGUCGAAGAGUUCCGCGUACCAUGAGCAGCAGCAACAGUUAUUCGGUCCGCCGACACCCCCGGCGCCUGUGACACCCCGGCAGAACAAUCAUGCUCACUCGAAGACUAUACCACAAUCGCGAAAUAAACCUCCGCGGGAUCAGCAAAUCAGUAUUCCAGCGGCGACUGAAAUUCUCGCACAACACUUUGUCGAAGAGAACCCCAACGCAGCCCUCUCGGAUGCCACCAUUGUUGUGGAUCCCAACACUAACCUACUUAAUCUUUCUGUGUCGGGGAAACUGCAUCCAUCUAACAAAAAUGAAACCCCGGAGGAAACAAUUCAACAGUUCGCUACUAAUAUUAUGCAGGAACAGUUGACCGUGACGGUUCCUCUAUCUGUGAUAUCGUCAAUGAAUAUUUCUGGAACUGGUUUGGCCACCGUGAAUGCCGGAAGUGAUGACCUAACUGCACUCACGACCACAAAGGCAGCCUUGAGCGACGCCAGCACUGUCACAAUGCACACAGGUGAGAUCCUCAGCGCGGAUGGAAACCUAUCUUCCGGAGAGGCUGAGUUAUCUAGCGCAGAUCACUUCAUACCUGCCGAAUUGAUUAAUCAUAUGCCGUUGGUACAAGCGGCGGAAGCGGUGGAGCUGCACGAUCCAAAUCAAUACAUUACAACGGCCGCGGGUCAAGAAAUGAGCGAGCAUGCACUGAUUUCGAAUUACAACGAUCAAAUUAAUUACACCAUCCAAACGCUCGCACAGAACUUGCAAAACGCAGAGCAUUUAACGGGACAGGCGAUGCAAAACGAUCUGGCGGAAAGCAUAGACGACAUUGUGCCAACCAUAAAUUUGCUUCCAGCAGCAGCGAACCCUCUGGUGUUACCCCAGUUGCAAGCGGACCUAACCGAUUCCAUCAUCUUGACACCAAAUCAGCUAACCUCAAUAUCGCAAUCCUUGGUUGAUCAGCACUUCAUAGAAAACGUUUCACUGAAACCAGAACUAGAAAUAUUGACCGUCAACACACCUGUCGAUAUAUCCAAGCUAAACCUGAUGCGUACAGUGGAUGAUGAGUUCAUGAAGGAACGACAGCAGCAGCAACAGCAAGCCAACACAAUGUAUCACACCCAAAUCGACGAGUUCCGCGGGGUGAAAACGUGGUAUAACUCCCUGCCGAAGCCGUUACAUGUGAACAAUUUUCAGCUGCGCAAGAUUGGUGGAGGAUACGUGAUGAAUCGAAAGUUGCUGACCAUCCGACGAAAUUUGGUGAACGAAUCGAACAGUAUGUCCAAAUCGCUCAACUCCCAGCUGUCUCCAAUUGGCGGGCCACGGAAUUCGCUCAACUUUAACGCGUCCAAUGCGCGCGCCGGAGAUCAUCUGUCGCCAAUCUCCGGAAUGAGCAAAGGCAAGGACACAAACGGUGGCGUCAGCCUCUCGAGCUCACCAGUUGGAAACCGGGUAGGUCAGAUCAAUCGGGGCCAGCGACGACUAAUACUGCCACAGGCUUCGAUCAAGAAACCAACCGAGAAGACCGCCUGCCUGCUAAGCAAUGCAUACUUCAAGAAUCUAAUAAGCUCAAUGCAACAGCAAGCGACUCGCGAGUCGAGCCGCAGCAGUAGUGGUCUCGGAACAAGUGUCACGACAUCGUCCGGCCUCAAACGGGCUGCCCCAUCGUUAACUUCACUGUCCAACAAGCGACUUAAGAUAAUCAACAACUUGCAAAAUUCGACAGCUCCUCCACAGAUGCUGCUCCAGGGCAGUGGCAAAGUGAAGCCAAAAGUAUUAUAAUUAGUGAUCAGGAUCUACAAUCUCGACAGCUCCGAAGGGAACACCGACGACAGCGAUUAGAGAGAGAUCCGUAGUACGAACCGAUGCAGACUUAGUCACACUUACAAUGCUGUGCUCACCGCAGCAGCAACAGGACUCCGCCCGCCCUGGCCGGCUGGUGCGAAAAACGGGGAAAUUAUGGACUGAACAAAGAUUUAGUAAUGUUUGUCUCUACGUAUAUAUAAAUAUAAAUAACUAUAAAUAAUCCAAAACUUUGAACAAAACUACAGCGAAUAUGCUGUUAGCUAGGGACGUUUCUGAUAUAUAGCUUUUUAAAAUAUGGUAAUUAUACAUACUUUUUAUGAAUUUGUUGUACUAAUUGUGAACCUUCAUUCUUUUGUCAUAUAAAGCAUGGGAUGUUAUAUGAUUUGAUUGUAUAGGAGAAAAAAAAGAACAAAGAAUCGACAACAAAUAUUAUUUAUUGGAAACCAACCCUUUUGUGUUUUUGUAUACGCCACCAACAGAAGAAAACGGAAAUAAUUUAUUUCAAAAGUGUCCCGAGAAAAAGAUGUAUCGCGUUUAGCUUCUGUUUGCAAGCAAUUUUAUCGUUUGAACAACGAGGGAACUAUGUAUGUAAUUGUAUAUUGGAAGCAGCACAGUGAGUAUUCACAACAGAUGAAAUGCUGGGUGUUUCGAAAAUGAUCGCUCAUGACUACUACUGCUUAUAAUAAUGCAACCGCGAGUCAAUAAACUUCGUUUAUGGUUCAGAUUGCAGCAGCUAUGAAAAAAAAUAUUACUCAUUACAAAUCAUAACUUGUGACAAGACUAAAAUAAAUGACAAAGAUAAUGUUCUAUAAUCUAUUUUUUUCUUAUAAGGAGUCCAAAUACAAGUAAA